AUGGGCUCCGAAACUGAGAGUACAUGCCCUGUCGAUCAUACCGCGCGGGAGGCAUGGCUAAAGAACAUGAGUAAAACCGACGGAGCCGAAGGGGCAGACGCAGCUGCCAAAGAAAGCUGUCCUGUAAACCAUGAUGCCAGAAAAGUUUGGCUACAGCAGGCAGAAGCCUCCAACGCUCCAGAAGCAGUGGAAUGUACCUCAGACCAAAUUCCUAAUACCCCGCAGUACAAGACCGAUGUCAAGCUGCCAACAGAACGCGAGGUCUCGAGCAUCCCGCGUACAGGAACAGAGGGCCAGCACUGGGUCUAUCCUUCACAAAAACAGUUCUUCGAAGCGAUGCUGCGGAAGCAGUGGAACCCUAACUCUGAUGACAUGAAGACGGUGGUGCCCAUUCAUAACCAAGUCAAUGAGCGAGUGUGGAACUACAUAAGGUUAUGGGAAAAGGGCCAAGGAGGUGAAGAGUGUGGCGGAGUCCAAUUGACAAGUUUCAAGGGAGACUCUAAGAAGUUGACGCCCCGUGCGUGGUUCCGCAGUAGCAUCUUGGGUUAUUCCAAGCCCUUUGACCGCCACGACUGGACGGUCAAUCGGUGCGGCAAAGACGUGGACUACGUGAUCGACUUUUAUAGCAGCGAUACGACCGGCGGCCCCAGCGUCUAUCUGGAUGUCCGGCCAAAGCUAAACAGCAAGGAAGGUAUCCUGCUGCGCUGCAAAAAAAUGCUAGGGCUUUAG